CGAUCCUGACGCAAGGUUGUCUAGAAUUCUACCUUGAUCGUUACAGGUCUCUCAGACCUCAGCAUCUUGCCGAUAAAACCUUUCGAUUGCAUGGUGUACACCCGUGACUCCUUCGACCCGAGCGUCGGAGAUACGAAACGAAAGAAGUUGGACCGCCUUCUUGGACUGAGGAGCAGCGAAUUUCCCGAGCUUUUUGGCGCAUGCAGAUUAUUUGGGACCUCCACAAAGUGACUUCAAAUUCCGCUCUAGACUGGCCUACAGAAGAUAUCGACCGACUCAACACCGAAGAAUCUAUAGAUCUUUUCUACAGAGAGACUCUGUACCUGUUACUAUAUCGCGACGAUCCACAACCAGAGUACGAAGAAUUACUCUCUGUCAUGCAAUACAGAAGAAAGGUAAAGAGAGAAGCUAUUACACAAAGCCUUGCAAAAGUUUCAAAUGUAUCAAGAAUUCAGAGACAAUCAUCAAAAUCAGUGCCUAAUCAGAUCGCCUGGGAAGAACUCGACCGUCCUUCAUCCGGAAUCGAGUUCUACCAUAAUUGGAUUGAUCCUGGAAUAUUAUCCGCUGGCGUCGGAUUCUCACCGCUUCGCGCAAUAUCAUUCGAUCACAUUUUAUACGCUUUGGAUCUGCGUUCUGGGAUAGAGAGAAAAUGAGAGGCUAAGGGUUUAUACCGUCUUCUCAAGAAGACUGGGAUCACUUCCCUACCACCUUUUAUCAUUUUGCAUGGCAAAGUCUCUUGAGUACGGAAGAGCUUGAGGAGAAGGUGCGAGGUUUCAUGGCAAGGUACCGCGGGGUGCGAUGGGCGUAAAGGAG